GUCGUUUCCGUCGAGUUAACCUGAUUGUUGUUCGAACGUCUGUUCACCGUGCAACUUUGGAGAUACAUCAGCAAAUGUACAUCCAUCCCAGCCUGGUUUCUAGGAGAUUUGGAGAAACAAGACAUUGUGAUAUAAAUUAUGCAGUUCAAAACGUCGUGAAACUAAUAUGUCUAAAAUGGAUUGGAAAACCAAUUCUGAUCUGCAAAUACAUAACAAGAUGCAUUCUGGUGAGAAACCUUUCCAAUGCGGGAUGUGCUUGAAGUGUUUCUCUAACAAGUGUAAGAUUAAGGAACACAUGAGGAUACACACUGGUGAACGACCAUUUAAGUGUGAGUUGUGUGCAAAAUGUUUCUCUCAGAAUUCCAGCCUGCGAACCCAUAUGUUGAUUCACAGCGGUGUUAAGAAUUUCAAAUGCGAAGAGUGUACAAAAUGUUUCUAUGACUUUUCAAACUUGAAACAUCACAGGCUGACUCACACUGGCGUCAAACCUUUCAAAUGCGUCAUAUGUGAAAAAUCUUUCUCUCGGCAUUCCAGCUUGAAACAGCAUAUGUUGAUUCACGCUGGAGUUAAGAAUUUCAAAUGUGAGGGGUGUGCAAAAUGUUUCUUACUCUGUUCCCAAUUGAAAAGACAUGUGUUGAUUCACGCUGGAGCUAAGCCUUUCCAAUGUGAUAUCUGUGCUGAACGUUUCCAUAGGAGAGGUCACUUGACGAAACAUAUUAUGAUCACUCAUGCUGAUGUUAAGGAUUUCAAAUGUGAAGUAUGUGCAAAAUGUUUCCUGUUCGGUUCCCAACUGAAGAAACAUAUGGUCAUUCACACUGGCGUUAGACCCUUUGAAUGUGAGAGCUGUGCAAAAUCGUUCUAUAGGAGCGGUGACCUGAAGACACAUAUGUUAGUUCACGCUGGAGUUAAGAAUUUCAAAUGUGAGGUGUGUGCAAAAUGUUUCUUACUCGGUUCUCAACUGACGAAACACAUGAUCAUACACACUGACGUUAAACCUUUCGAAUGUGAAAUCUGUGCAAAGUGUUUCUACAGACGUGCUGAUUUGAAGAAACACAGUAUGUUGGUUCACACCGACAUCAAGGAUUUCGAAUGUGAGGAGUGUCUGAAGCGUUUCUCUCUGGCCUCCCAUUUGAGGGAACACAUGCUCGUGCACACCGGCGUUAAGUCCUUUCAGUGCGAGGUCUGUGCAAAAUGUUUCUCGCUAAAGUGCAACUUAAAAAAACAUAUGUUGGUUCACACUGCUAGUUCACACCGGUGUUAAGUCCUUUCAGUGCGAGGUCUGUGCAAAACGUUUCUUGCUAAAGUGCAACUUAAAAAAACAUAUGUUGGUUCACACUGCUGGUUCACACCGGUGUUAAGUCCUUUCAGUGCGAGGUCUGUGCAAAAUGUUUCUCGCUAAAGUGCAACUUUAAAAGAAAACCAUAUGUUGGUUCACACUGGUGUUAGUCUUUUAAAUGUGAAGUGUGUGACAAACAGUUCUCCCAGCACGACAAUAUGAGAGAACAUACGGGGGUUCACAAAUCCCAUAGACGACAGUAGUAACAUAUAUCAGUAGUACUAGAUGAAAUAAAAUUGCAUACAUUUUUUGCCCA